CGAGACCGCACACGACUUCGUCGUUCUCACGAGCUUCGCGAAGACGCGUUUCGGGCUCACACGCUCUCUCGCACUUCUUCCCGCCGCCCGCCGCCUUCGGUACAUCAGCUCGACAGCGGAUAGCGAACGACGAUGUCCAUCUCAACUCUCGCGUCGACGCUCAACGCGACGGCGACGCUCAAGUCUAUCAGGAAGACGCACAAGACCCGCGGAGCAGUCGUGACGCGCGCGGCCGGUGCGGCCGAGGACAAAGCGUGCACCGGCAGCUGUGACUCUUGUGGACUUGCAAAGGAAAAGAUGCAGUGCGACGGUUCCGGCCGCAUCAUCGGUGGGAUGGGCGCUAUCCCGAUCUUCUCGUGGUGGCCGAUCAAAGCGUAUCGUCCCUGCCCGGGACUCAUCGAGAGUGGUGGCGUGUACGUGAGGAAGGGACAGGACGUGGACGGGAUUCUCUUCGGAGACAAAGGCAAAUAAAUAAAAUAAGCCGGGGGCGCGGACACUGACUCUGCGGCGGUUGCGAUGAAAUCACAAUCAUUAAUCUACGUAUC